AAGAGACCCAAGGUUACCAUCAAGGGCUACUUCGACAUCAAGAUUGGAGAUGACGAAAUCGGAAGAGUAGUCUUUGGCUUCUUUGGUAAAACCGUAGCCAAGACUGUUGAUAACUUGUUGCACUGUCAACUGGAGAGAAAGGAUUUGGUUACAAGGGCAGAGAAAGGGUUUGGUUACAAGGGCAGUAAAUUCUACCAUAUGAUCAAAGACUUCAUGAUUCAAGGAGGAGAUUUCACUAAAAGUAUCUAUAGGGACAUGUUCCCUGAUGAAAACUUGAAGCUGAAGCACUAUGGUCCUUACUGGGAGAGCAUGGCAAAUGGUGGCAAGGACACAAAUGGAUGGCAGUUUUUCAUCACCACAGUUAAGACGUCUCGGCUGGAUGGGAAGCAUUUGAUGUUUGGUAAAGUGCUAGAAGGAGAGGAUGUGGUUAGAAAAAUUUAA